AUGAAGUAUCUGGACCUAACCCUCGACAGCCACUGGACCUUCAGCGCUCACUUCGAGCGCCUGGCGCCGUCUGUUGAGGCGACCUUAGGACGUUUGCUGCCUCGGCUGGGCGGGCCCGACGUCGGAGUGCGCCGGCUGUACGCCGGCAUGGUGAGAUCGAAGCUCCUCUACGGAGCUCCGAUCUGGGCAGAGGACCAGAUGACCAAUCGUCGCAAGCUCUUAGCGAUCAGGAGGUUGCACAGGACGGUGGCCAUCUGGGUGUUUAGGAAGGUUUAUCUUGAUCAAUUUGUAUAUGAGACCUGGGAUCCAGACUGUCAAAAGCUUUUUCGAGGUCUAUUAAGCAGGCGGCUACUCGUUGUUUUGCGUUUAGAGCCCAGCAGAUGUCCCACUUAUUAUGAAGUUACCCUCGGUGUCUUUGGUGGUGAAAGAUUUUUGAAGGGAGAUCGUGCGUGGGAUUCCGUGGAAGAACGAAAGAAGACCUUAGACAGGCUUAGUACCAGGCUGAUGACGGAAGAAAUCAGAUGGAAGAAAGACGACCAGGAAACAUCGGUGGCACUGGUAACAAAAAGUAAUAAUUAUAAAAGGGAACAGCAGAAGCAGUCAAGUAAACGUGAAUACGAGAAACAAGGACCAAGCUGCUUUAACUGUGGAAAAGUUGGCCAUCUAAAGAAGGAUUACUUUAGAUGGUUUAUAUGCAAAAGGAAAGGCCACACCAGUAAAAAUUGUUUUAAAAAUAACAAAAGAAGCAACAGUAGAGACAACCAGGAACCUAGAAAUCAAAAUCGAGAUCAUAGCGGAAUUGGUCUAUUAGGAAGCACCUCAGCGAUACAAGCGACAAACCCUGAUGUUUGGAUAAUCGAUUCAGGAGCUACGGAUCACAUGACAGGAAAACGGGAAUGGUUCAGCGCCUUCAAAGAAUUCGAUAACACGGUGAAGAUAGAGAUCGGCGAUGGUACAUUGAUACGUGCGGCAAAGGAAAAAUCAGAGUAGAGACUUUUGUGGACGGCAAAUGGAUAACAUAUACAAUGAACG